UGGGUGGCUUCAAUAUUUGCAGCUCUGAGGUUGUCACCUUUGACAAGGGUCGUAAUUUCUAUAUGAAGCCGGGUUGCUUGGUUUGCUAAAACAGCAUUGCAUCUUUGUUGAAUUGUGAUUCUUGUUGCCAACCAACUAUGCGCAGUCGUUGGCGUAGAGACUUCUGUCAUGUACAUGCGGUUGUUUUUGUCGAAUCCUGCGCAUUGCACGUGCGACCAAGAAUCUGUGGAGACAAUGAUACGGGGAGGGUUUUGGAGGCGGGUGGCGAUCGCGAGGACUGCUAUAGCAACAGGAAGGAUCACAUCAUCUACGGUAUCCUCUGUUUCUCUGGGCACGAUUCACGGUAUUUUUGAAAGUCAGCAGAAGGGAACUGCACGUCUCUGCGCAUGUCUGAAAGGCCGAGUUUUUGCUGACAAUCGCCUCUGCAGAGGAGACUCGUCUACGAUUGACAAGUCGUCUUUAAAUGACCCAAUGGUGGUCAGAUUCUGCGUGUCCCCAACAGGCGUGGGCAACAAUUCCAGACAUUCAUGGGUAACUAGAGGAAUUAGGAUUGCUGCUGAAGUAGAGUUGAAGGAAGGAGAGACAGCACAAUUGCCUGAGGAGUUGGGCGAGUCUCUGGAGUCUGAAUCUUGGAGUGUCGGACUAGACGGUCUAAAUGGAACUGUUGUGCCGAGCAAUGCCUGCAUACUCGGUAUAGAUCCCGAUGCUUCUGGUGCUAUUGCCGUCCUGAGAGAUGGUACUCAAGAGGUUCUGGACGUUCCAUGUGUGAAAAUACAGGUUGGAAAAACUAUGAGACGACGGCAUGAUGCCAGGUCUAUUGUUGAUCUUGUGAACAAGAUCAAUGCACCAGAAGGUAGUGUAGCAUAUGUAGAGCAAGCCAUGCCUUUCCCAAUGGAUGGAAAGCAGGGGUGGUAUGGUUGUGGGUUCGGGUAUGGGAUGUGGGUUGGGAUUUUGAUGGCUUUAGGGUUCAAGGUCGUCCCUGUGCGAGCUCAAGUAUGGAAGAGCGCGAUGGGAAUAGCCGGGAAACAAUACACUAAGGAUGACAGUAGAGCCACUGCCAUGGCCUUGUUUCCGGAUUUGGGACCGCAACUGAAGCGCAAGAAGGAUCAUGGUCGAGCAGAUGCUAUCCUCAUUGCCGCAUUUGGGAAGGGUUUGUCACCGCCACCUAAAAUAUCCGAUCAAGAGGUUGGAUUGAUACAAGAGGAAUGCCCCUUUUAGUUGAAAAAUAUGCAGCACAGAUGUUGAAGUAAACGUUUUUGGAGAUUGCGUCCGUAAGUGCUGUAGUGUCGCAGCACAAAUUCAGGGAUUUUUUUAAUUUUUUAUUAUUCUCAUUUUAUUGCUUUAACGUGUGAACGUGCUCUGAACGUCAGAAGCACGAAGGAAACCUAUGACACCAAGAUUUUGUGAGGUGAUCGCAAAGGUCCUGAGUUUUAGAACCUGAAUGUAGAACACUUGAUAUGAUUUCAAGGUUGUUGAGGUAUGUUGUUUAGCCCAAAAAGUCGAAGUUGAAAUUUUGUCUGUAUUUUAGAAAUCAUAACUGUAACUGUAACCAGUCAUAAAUAUUAUAUUAUAAGCCCAUUUUAUUGUUGCACUGUUA